ACUUGUCUGUUUUGUUCAAGCUCUUGUAUUUAAUUAGUAAUCUAAUCCUUAUCAAACCAUUAUAUGGUAACAACCGGCUCUCUCUAGAAAGGUAUCAACUAUGUAAGUAACUGAUGAACAUUUCUGGAUUUUCUAUGGUGAUUUGAAUAACUUCUUUGGUUUUGAUCCAGGGGUGACAAAAAAAAUGGAAGAUGAGAGGCGUGAUUUUAUCAGUAGUUUGCCACAGGAUAUUCUGAAACGCAUCAUAUCAGUCCUUCCUUUGGCAGAGGCAGUGAGAACAAGCGCCUUUUCGACCAUGUGGAGAAGCCUCUGGGUACCUGUUUUACUAACCUCUUAUCAAGAAGCUAAAAGAGAGCUGGAGGAAAUCAUCUGUUUGCUUUCCAAGUCUUAUGAUAGUCAUCAGGUAUGGAAACUGUGUUUAAGCCACCUGGAUAGCAAGAAAGUAGCUUCAGAAACUAAGGAUGAAGUCACUGUUCUAGCAACCAAAGGGGUAGAACAAGAACUUCACAUGGAGUUCUCUAAGAGGGAGAAAGAGGCCAAGAAUUUCAAAUUGAAGUUGAAACCAACUAGCCCUGCCUCUCAGGCAUUAAGCUUUUCCAGUCUCAAGAUGCUUCGUGUUAGAUCAGUCAACUACCAUGGCAAAGAUUUGAUUUCUGCCUUAUUCUCCAGUUCUAAGUUUCUUGAAAGCUUGGAGCUUGAAAACUGUAGUGGGUUGCAAAGCCUAGAUAUUGGAGCGAAUGACCACCUUCAAUGCCUGAAACUGCUGGAUUGUCCAGACAUGGUCAAUAUUUCAAUCUCAGCAAGAAAUCUCAGAUCAUUUUUGUAUCAAGGUGUUCUUCCUCAGAUUCAGCUGAAGAAUGCUUUAGACUUGGUAGAAGUGAUGCUUGAUUUGAGAAAUGGUUUUUGCAGUAGUGAGUUUGAUUGUGAGGAUGUUAUUUCUUUCCUAACUUCUCUAAAGGAAAUUAAGAUCCUCACCAUUAGCAGCUGGCUUCUUGAGUGGUUGUGCACAGGAGGAGUAAUCUUUUCAAGGCUGGAAUUCAGAUUCAGCAAGUUAAAGGAAUUGAGCUGGAUGGAUUCUGGAAUGAACAAGAUCAAACGGGACUCAUUAGCUUGCUUCCUGAACAUAUGUCCUACCCUGGAGAAGUUGCUUAUCAAAAUUGAUCCUGACCUCAAUUCUAUACCUUGUCCAUUUUUUCACCAAUACUGGCAUGAACCUCACCUUUGGAUGGAUGAUGUAACAGUGAAGUCCAAUACAUCCCAGCUUGAACACCUCAAGAUUGUAGAAUUUCGGGGUUAUAGAAGUGAAGAAGAUCAGCUUCUGCUAAUGGAACUUUUACUGGAGAAGGCAAACAUGCUCAAGUCAAUAACUGUUACUUCACCAGAGAAUCAUUCAUGGGAGGUUGCAAAAAUCCCUCGGAGACAGCAAAAGCAGACAUUGAGUACAAGUAACCAACAUAAGAGGAAUGCUGUUUUUUCACUUUUCAAGGCAUUUUUUAUAGGAUUUUUCGGAGAGACAAAUGUUGUUUUCUAUCCAGAAAAGGCUGGAAUUUGUAAUUUGGGCUUUUGGUAUUGAAUCCUACUCUUGUAUUUUGAUUGAACAAA